AUGGGGUGUCUGCAGGAUACAGCACCUGUGGAGGAAGCGUGGAAAACUUUCCCACUGACGUAUCAAUCAGUAGAAAUAUCCGAGGAAUGCCUUUAUCUUAAUGUGUACAGACCUACUGGGACUGCCUCAGGAGACAAACUGCCUGUGAUGGUGUGGAUCCAUGGGUAUGAUGGUUCACCCCUGGCAGCAUGUCAGAAUGUGGUUGUGGUUGUAAUUCAGUAUCGCCUUAGUAUUUUGGGAUUCCUAAGGUACGGUGACCAGCAUGCACCUGGUAACUGGGGCUUCCUGGAUCAAAUAGCCAGCCUUCAGUGGGUUCGUGACAACAUAGCGGCCUUUAAUGGAGACCCUAAUUCAGUGACCAUCUUUGGACAAUCUGCAGGUGGCAUCAGUGUCUCUAUGUUGGUACUGUCCCCAUUAGCUGAGGAUUUAUUCCACAAAGCUAUCGCCAUGAGUGGAGUGGCACCACUGGAAGCUCAUUACACCAGCAAUCCACUGGCUAUGGCUCAGAUGAUAGCCAAUCUGUCUGACUGUGAGAGCAGCAACAGUAAGAAGCUUGUCGAGUGUAUCAAAGGCCGGUCUGAGGAGGAAAUACUGAGCGCCAUGAAGAAGUUUAAAGCAUUUUUGGGUCUAGCUAUUUACGGUGUGUUCCUGAAAGGCCCACCUGAGGAAGUUUUAAAGCAUCAAGAAUUCCAGAAGGUUCCUAUUAUGAUAGGACUGACCAAUCAUGAAUUUGGAUGGAUGCUCCCAAAGCUCCUAGGACCUUCUGGGUGGGAUCAUGGUAUGAAAAGGGAGGAUGUGAUAUCAGUGAUGAACAUGUUCUUUCCCGCCCAUGCCUCAGGUGCAAAUGAACUAAUACUGAAUGAAUACCUGCAACAGGCCGACUCUCCAUAGAACGUACGUGACGUUUUCAGAGAGAUACUUGGCGACAUGGUGCUCGUUCUUCCUGUUCUUAAAGUGGUUGCAUACCACAGAGACGCGGGCGUGCCUGUGUACGUGUACGAAUUUCAGCAUUCUCCUCUGAUGCACGGCAGCACGAGACCCACUUUUGUCCAAGCAGAUCACUAUGAUGAUGCUUUGUUUUUUCUCAGAGCCUGCUUUUGUACCGGACACACUGUGGUUACAGGACAUGUGUCACAAGAAGAAGAGGAACUGAGUAAGUUUGCAAUGGCGUACAUAGCAAACUUUGCACGCAGCGGGUCUCCAAAUGGGCCCAGAUUAGUGGAUUGGCCUCUUUACGACCAAAACAAAAACUACCUGAAUCUGAAUCUGCAGCAGACAGUCGGCCAAGGACUGAAGCAGAACAGAGCUCACUUCCUUGAUGUUGUCCUGCCUGAUAAACUAAAGUCUCACAUUGUUAAUGAUGAACUCUGAUCUGAGGAGGAUGUUGAAUUUCAGAGUUUGUU